UUUUUGUUUCGGCUUUCGGGGCAAUCCCAAUAAUCCACAUCAGUUUUUACACUGCAGAUUUUAUAAAUUUCAUUGCAUCAGUGCAUUGCAUCAAUUAAUUAAAUACUACAAGAGAAUACAAAACAAAGAAAUUAAAAAUGUUCGGUAAACCUCCGGUAACAGCACUCCAAGAGUAUUGUGCUAAAAAAGGUGUUGUUCUACCAAAAUACAACUGCAUGGAUGCCAACGACGGUAGCAAAUCCUUUAUGUGUUCUGUUGAAGCACUAGAUCGCUCUUCAUACGGCCACGGUCGUUCCAAACAAGAAGCCAAACAUGAUGCAGCUGCAAAUCUAAUCCAAGAGGUAAAAGUAACACAUCCCGAUAUACUUUUGAUUCCACAAGCUCCCCACGAAGCUAUCCCAAUGACGGAUGCUGUUAUCACUUUACGAGAUAUUUGCGUUCAGCAAAAUCAUCCACUUCCGGUAUUUGAUAUCAUUCAACAAGCUGGACCAGCUGAAGCACCCGAAUUUACUGUUCUCUGUCAGUUGGCAAGCAUCAAACGAUAUGGCGUUGCUAAUACAAAAAAAGCAGCUAGACAAAAAGCUGCUCUUGAAAUUUUAAAAAUUGUCCAAUCUGUUCCCCGUUUGGAUGAUGGCCUUCAAGUGGCUUCAGUUCAAAAUCAAAUUGAAGGUGUUGAAGAAAAUCGUUAUACCAAAUUGAAAACGUAUCGUGAACUAACGGAAUCCGGUGCCGAAGAUAAACCCGGCGAAUUGUUGGCAGAUCGGCAUUUUUUCUUUGAAAAGUUUCACGAUCAAUUGAGAAAAGAAGCCAGACGCAUUCUUAGCAAUGAAACUUCAUACAUAAGUGUCAAGGAACGUGUUGGUGAUUUAUUCAGGGCAUUGAAUAUUAAACCUACCAAGAGAAUGAUACAAUCGACAACAGUUAGUGUUUUUUACUUCAUGGAACUUAAUUUGGAAUAUGAUGUUUGCUUUGCUGGUACUGAUGAUGUCAUAUAUCAAGAUAUCAUAGAGUAUUUUAAUUGUAUGAUAUAGUUUUUGAUAGCAUUUAUAAAAAAUGUUUGUUGUUUUUUUUUUCUAUAUUAAAAUAUUAAUUAUGUAAUCGAAUGGAUUAAAUAUGUUUUUCAUACUUAAAAUAUUUUAUUUGCUAAUAAAAUUGUUAAAAAAAAAAUAUGACCCAAAAUCUCAUAAUUUCAAACACUAAAAUUA